UGAUGUCUGGGUGUAAGGACAGCUGAGAGGUAAUAAGUUGAGAGGUCGUGUUAGCAAAACGGUAAGGCGGCGACACUUUUGCUGCAGUCAUAUUAAUUAAAGUCACUCAAAGAAAGCGAAGUUGUCGUGGGUUCUCGCAGAAAACAGAUCAGUUGCGAAACAGUUUCAACAGGCGUCAGCUUUGAGAACUAGUAACGGAAUUGUUGCUAAGCGUUGCUAGUUAGCUAGUGUUGCUGCUAGCUGGCUUGCUAAGUUGCUAUGUCGCAACCAAGUGUUUGGACUUAUUGGAGCUAACAUAACUAACGUUAGCUCACCUAAGACAAACUUUAAUUCUGGAGGAGAAACACCAAAGAUGGCUGUGUCGGUGCGGGGCCUGUAUUUUGUGGUGACCCUGUUUUUGGGUAGUUUCUUUGGAAGUGUCUUCAUGCUGGGUCCAGUUUUGCCCCUUAUGUUGCUCUCUCCUGCUUGGUACCGCUGGAUCACUGAUCGCAUCGUCGCUACCUGGCUCACCCUGCCUGUGUCUUUGCUGGAGCUGGUAUUUGGGGUGAAGGUGGUAAUAACAGGUGAUGGCUUCAUUCCAGGGGAGCGAAGUGUGAUUAUCAUGAACCACCGUACCCGUCUGGACUGGAUGUUCCUUUGGUGUUGUCUGCUCAGGUACAGCUACCUUCGUCUGGAGAAGAUCUGCCUCAAGGCUGCCCUUAAGGCUGUGCCUGGCUUUGGUUGGGCAAUGCAGGUGGCCUGCUUCAUCUUUAUUCACCGUCAUUGGGAGGAGGACAAGAAGCACAUGGAGAACAUGCUGGACUACUUCUGUGACAUCAGAGAGCCCCUGCAGCUGCUACUGUUCCCGGAGGGCACAGACCUCACUGAAAAUACAAGAGCAAGAAGUGAUGCAUUUGCUGCCCAGAACAGCCUGCCGAAAUUCGAGUAUGUGCUGCAUCCCCGCACCACUGGAUUCACCUUUAUUGUCGACAGACUACGAAAAGGAGAAAAUCUGGAUGCUGUCCAUGAUAUUACAGUGGCAUACCCCAAGAACAUCCCUCAGACAGAACGCCACCUCAUCCUGGGGCUUUUUCCCCGUGAGAUCCACUUCCACGUCCGUCGCUACUCAGUGGCUUCACUGCCCACCUCUUCCUCUGACCUGGAGUCCUGGUGUCGAGAGCGCUGGGCUGAGAAGGAGGUCCGUCUGCGGGACUUCUACUCAGGCCAGCCCCGGGCCUUUGAUAGGGAUGGUGUUGCUCGUGUGCCACCGUGUAAGACGGAGCUGCGAGUGACUCUGAUCAAAGCCGCCUCACUGCUCUACUGGAGCAGCUUCAUUGCUCUAUGCUUCACUGGCCUGUGGCUGUGGGCUCCCUUUAGGCUCUACUUCCUGGUUGUAGUUGGAGUGUAUAUGGCCCAGCAGAAGCUGAUUGGAGGGCUGGAGCUGCUGGAGUUGUCUUGUCAUCAAUACUGGAAGUCCAUGGCUGCUGACGUGGGUGAGAAGAAGAAGGUGCUGGAUGGGAAGAUGCAGUGAGUAUGGAAGACAGGGUUGACUGGACAAUGAUAUGUUUCCACCUAUGCUCAGCAAGGACACAGAGGACUCAUUUGUGUUUGCCUGUUCAGUCCAGAGGGCUAGAGGAUCCCUUUGAGGGACCCGGUGCUCCAUGCCUUAGAAAGGGAGUAAUGAGUUCACCUCCUGAUGGUAUGCAUGGCUUCAGUGGAGAGAGCUUACCUUUCUGUUGAAGAAGAAAAAGAGGAAUGUUAUAUACAUUUAUCUGUGUUGGAUUCAAGGAAUUCAUCACACAUAAUGUGUCACUUUCCCUUUGUAUGUCUCUCCCUGUAUAAUCCCUGUUAUUUAGCUUGCUGUCAGUGCAUUUUAACAGUUUAUGUUGUUGGUGUUUAUUAGGUUGUUUGUUCAAACCCUCAGUGUGGACAUGUGUCAUGAAACAAUGCUGUUUAGUAUUUGUUAUACUGUUGACAUGUCUUUGAAACUGGUUUAUUGUUUGCUAUGUUGCCCUUGGUUUUAUAUCAGUGUCAUGCGUUAUGGAGCAGAGCCAUAGUACAGACCACCUGUAAAUAUGAUGACUUGACUCUAACCAAUAUUCAAAUCAGCACUGUAGUUAGCCAGAUUAGACUGAUAGGACUUGUUAAAUGAAUCGGUUUCUAUUAGUAGUCUCUAGUCUAGCAAGGAAAGAAAAGGACUGCUAUAAUUCCCAGAGAAUUAUUAAGGAAUAUACAGGUAUAUUUGUGUACCAUUGUUUACCUUUAUUGGGUAUAAUUACCCUUUUAUACAAAUUGGGGAAUGAACCUUUCCCAGUUAGUCCUUAGAGAUGUAGGUCUUGAAACAUAAAUUAUGUUCUUCUGCUUGUUUCCUCAAGUAGCUUUUGCACAUAAAAGCCAAAGGUGAGAAAAGCAGAUGUGAUUUAAAAAGAGCAACCAAACAGAAUGUAGUCUGUCUUGUCAGGGAAGCACAGCUGCAGGUAGGGUUGACUGCAGCUAUGCUGAGGUAACACUUGUAGUCAUCAACUAAAAUCAUCAACUCAUCAAGAUCAAAGAUCUGACUGAGAUCUUAUGUCUGGAAUACAGAUGAGCUUUGUGCCCUUUCUGGGAAUGAAGGGAUGCCUUGUAGAGGCAGGAUGUGGGCAGUGCAGGGGUGGAAGAAUGUCCUGUUGGGACAACAUUACCCCUCGUUGUGCAGGGUGGUACAGAGGACCAGACUUGGAGUGGAAAACUGGCCCUGAACUAAACCUAAUCCAAAAAAGCCCUGUAAUGCCCACCUCUGCCUGUGUCCCUCUCUAGAGGACUGGCAUUGAUGCGCCUGCCAAACUCAAUUAGCAAAUGACAGCUGAGAAAGCUACUCCAAUUGUGCCAAAAAAGGACAGAAAUUGAAACAAGAUUGGAGUGGCGCUUCAGCCACACCUUUUAGCCACUGAUUCUUCUUGCCACUCAAUACCAUUUUAAUGUUAAUUCUGGGAGUCAUGAUACAUGUGUCUUGGACACUCUAUAGCAGUUUCUGUAACACUGUGCAACGUGUGAGCUAUCUGACCACUUCAACCCUGCUUUGUGAGACAAAUGUCUUUCACAGUCAACCACACAAUAGAAAGUUCACUGAAGCGUCUCUUUUUUUGAUUUUAUGAAUCUUAAGCUCUUGUAGUUAAAGUGUGAGGGGCUGUUUCCAGUCACUGUGAUCUAGCUGUGUUAACAAUUUUAUCAUCAGCAUGUAGUAGUUUACCAAACAUGGUACUAUAUCCAUUUCCUCAAACCCUGAACCAGCUAGAAUCUCCACGUAUUACUCUUUCACUUGUGCUAUUUUCUGUUCUGCUCAUUUUACAAUCACUUGUUGAUGCUGGACCUCUUUAAUGUCACUGUCCUCAGGUAAACACAGUGAACACUGUUGCAAGUCAGUUAAGGGAGGAAAUAUAUAUCUAAAUAAAUAUACUACAUCAACUCA